AUGUCCACACUCACGCCGUCCGCUGGCUCAAGCCGUCGGACGAGCGGAGAAGAACCCAGGCAAUCUCAGCCUGCAGCAGGAGCUCCCCGGACAGGUGGUGGCACGCCUGGAAAGAAAUCUUCAUCGGGUUGUACACCUCAAUCGCAGAAACAGAAGGAGCUAGCAGAAGCAGAAGCCAAGAGGAGGAAAGUACAGAGGGCAUGCGAUGCUUGUAGAAGCUUGAGUGAAAAUAAAUGUACACACUGUGAAGAGUAUGGUUUAGACUGUACCUAUGUCGAAGCUGCUAAGCGUAGAGGACCACCGAAAGGCCGUCUGGAAAGGAUAUUACAUCAGCUCCAUCCAUCCGUUGAUCUCGAUCAAUAUGUCGGCCCACCACUCGACCGCGAAGAGUUCGAUCUUCCUUCAUAUCAAGACACUCUGCGUUCCCUGCAUAUCCCUCCUUUCCCCUCGCUCAAACCUUUCCCCGUCAGUCAUCGAUCGUCAGCCGAGUCCUCUCUCUCACCCCCUGCUGCGGGUGCCGGUUCGCCUGCAAGCAACAUACUCGGAUCAUCACCAUGGCGAGCUUAUGAGAAGGAUCCGGCACGAGCCCCAGAGAAUGACAACGCAGAGGAAGAAGCGGAGCUGCAAUCAGAAAUCGCCAAUGCGAUAAGCAAGCUAGAUAUCAGGGAUACCGUUUGGCGAUACCACGGCAAAGCCUCUGGAGCGCAUUUGAUGCGAACUUUCCAUGAGCUCAAAUACACUCGAGAGGACAACGAGAAGAGAGAUUUCUUAGAGGAAGUGAACAAGCAUAAACGACAUCAGUAUUGGCAGUUACCGGAAUGGGAAUUAGUCAUCGCCAACGAAGGGAUUCGCUCGUUAGAUCUUUCUCUCUGGCCCGAAGAAGGGUUCGGUAAUCAACUCAUCGAUGCUUAUUUCGAUCAUCUCAACAUUCACCUUCCCCUGCUCAACCGUAAACUCUUCCAGAGGCAGUACGAUUCUGGAUUGUGGCGGACAAACACUUCAUUCGCUAAAGUUUGCCUGAUGAUUUUCGCCAAUGGAUCAAGAUUCGUAGAUGACGAGCGUGUCUAUUGGCCUGUUGAUCUCGCUCUCACUGAAGAAGGAAGAGAAAGGUUGCAAUCCAAUCAAGAUGGAAGUCUACGAUAUUCUGCUGGAUGGAAAUAUCUUCACGCUCUCCUCCGCAUGGGAAGAUCCAUUAUGCAAGGACCGAACCUAUACGAAUUUCAACUACAGGUCCUCCUCUGUAGCUUCCUUUCAGGAAGUGCUGUUCCUCAUCUCAUGUGGAUCUUAUCGGGUGUGGGACUUCGUUCAGCCCAGGAAAUCGGUAUUCACGUUAGGUCCACUCUCAUCCAUGUCAACCCAGUCGAAAGAGCGCUGUACAAUCGUGCAUUCUGGUGUCUAUACCAUAUAGAUCGUGUCAACUGCGCCGGUGUCGGCCGAUCGGUUGCUUUGCAAGAUACCGACUUCGACGCUGAUUACCCUAUCGAUGUGAACGAUGAGUACUGGGAGACUGGAGAUCGUGAGACGGACUUCAAACAGCCUGAAGGUGCAGGUAUCUCCUCUAUCGCUGCUUUCAUACAGACUCUCAAACUCGAUCACAUCAUUGGUGCCACUCUACGAACCAUUUACGCCAUCAAUAAAUUCCCUGAACAUCGGGCUGACGUGGCUGCGCAGAGUGCUGUAGUCAUGGAACUUGACUCUGCUCUGAACUCUUGGGCCGAUAAUGUCCCUGACGAACUACGGUGGGAUCCUACCAGAUCCGAUUAUUCUCUCUUCCAGCAAUCCGCUUUGUUAUACGUUCACUACUACUAUAUCCAGAUCCUGAUUCAUCGACCCUUCAUCCCUACACCACGAAACCGAAAAACUGGUCAAGUCUUCCUUCCGUCCCUUGCGAUAUGCGCCAAUGCCGCUCGAUCGAUAUGCAACAUUGUCGACUCGGCUCUCAGGAGAGGGAGACAGGAAGGUGCCUUGCCUGGUCGAGCACUCAACGUAGGAUUUAUGUUACCCAGUUGGGUAGCUGCAAUCGUCCUGCUCAUCAACAUCUAUUCCGGAAGACAAACACCCGCGGAAAGACAACGAGCAAUUACCGACAUCAAGCGAUGUAUCGCUGCGUCCAAGGAGAUGGAGACGGUGUGGAGACAAGCGGGAAAGAUGACGGACAUGUUAACGGAGCUUGCGUCUGAGCAUGAUAUGCCUAUCGCUGUGGUCACUCCCAAAGAGAAGAAAAGAUCUCAUUCAGGAGACGAAGUUGAUUCGCCGGUACCUAUGAAUAGUCCACCUUGUCAGAAUCAAACCUCUCCGCCAACAUCGACAUCAAGCAAGGCGAAGCAGUAUGGUAACUUUGGACCCAACUUUGAUGAUCCUAGAUUAUUAUCCGCUACCACACCUCAGAUCCAACAUCCUGCUGACAAGAUUCCUACUCCUGAGAUAAUAUAUGGCUCUUCGUCAUAUCUGUUUGAAGGGAACCCCGGUUCUGGUGCUACUUCGAUUGCGUAUCCUUCACCUACCCAUACAUCCUCUUCGAACACCGUCAAUAACAUUUUCUCAGAAACAGGAACGACAACCGAUAUCCAGUCGGCCCAGUCUCAAAACCAAAACCAAUUCACGACAUUCAUGGGAGGUAAUCUACCGACUACAAAUUUUAAUGUCAACAAUGAAACGUAUAGUCAACCUCAAUCGUCGAUACCUUCAUUCACCACUCAGAUAUUCGGAGAUGCUCAACCGAACGAUCUACUGGGUUUAAGUGAGAAUUCUUUCGAAAAUUCCUUAUUUGAUCUGGGAUCAUCGGUAUUUGACGCGACGGGUCAAAUGGAGGAAAAUGAUAUUUGGACUCAAUUAUUCUCUGAUUAUACGGGACAAAAUUUUGAUGGGAAUGGGAAUUGGAAUUGGACAGUACCUGGAACGGGAACGGGAACGGGGAUGUCGAAUAACCCCAGUGCGAAUUCGAACACAAAUACAAAUAUAAAUACAAAUACAAAUAGAAAUAACAAUACUACUCAACCGCAAACUCAGACUCAAUUCCGACCACAGCAACAGCAACAGCAACAGCAACAGCAACAACGUCAGCCACAAGGUUGGUAA